AGGCGGUGCUAGGAAGGCGGAGGAGAAUAAGAAGGCGGAGGAGAAGCCGCCGCAGCCGCAUGCAGUACUGGAGCAGCUCUCCGGUGUGCAAUUUUGUGUCAACAGUCCACCGUCAUGGUCUGAGGCAAUGCUUUUGGGUUUCCAGCAUUACCUGUUAACUCUGGGCAAUAUUGUGUUCAUCCCUAAAACAAUAGUGCCUCAAAUGGGUGGUAGCAAAGUUGAAGAGGCUAAGGUGGUUCAGGUGUUACUUUUCAUUUCGGGAAUAAAUACGUUGUUUCAAUCUUUAUUUGGAGUAAGGUUACCUUCAGUUGUAGGUGGUUCAUAUGCCUACUUGAUUCCUAUAACAUCAAUCGUCCAAUCUAGGAAAUUUCAGCAGAUUCCGGAUCCUAACAUGAGGUUUGAGCACACGAUGAGGUCCAUUCAAGGAGCCCUUAUUGUAGCUUCUUGUUUUCAAGUCAUUGCUGGAUUCAUAGGUUUAUGGAGAAAUGCUACCAGGUUUCUUAGCCCUUUGUCAGUUGUUCCACUUAUCACAUUAACUGGGCUUGGGCUUUUUCAUCUGGGCUUCCCACUGAUGGCCAAGUGUGCCGUGGUGGGUAUUCCAGAAUUGUUCUUUAUAAUCCUUGUCUCCCAGUAUCUUCCUACAUGGCUAAAACUAAAAAGACCGAUAUUGGAUCGCUUUGCCGUGCUGUUUUCUGUUUCCAUUGUGUGGAUAUAUGCAGCCAUUUUGACUUGGAGUGGACCUUAUAAGACAUAUUCUGAAGAGAAUUGUCGGAUCGAUAGUUCUCGUCUUAUGAGCGGAUCCUCUUGGAUUAGCGUCCCUUUGCCAUUUCAAUGGGGAGCUCCUACCUUUAAUGCAGGCGAUGUUUUUGCAAUUCUAGCGUCUUGUUUUGUCUCUUCCAUUGAGUCUACAGCUGUAUUUUACGCUACAUCAAGAUAUGGAAGUGCUACCCCAGUGCCACCUUCUAUCAUGAGCCGAGGUGUCUGUUGGCUUGGGGUAGGGACUUUGCUUAGUGGGCUUUUUGGUGGACUCACGGGCCCUUGUGCAACAGCAGAAAAUGCUGGUCUCUUGGCGUUAACAAAAGUUGGAAGCCGAAGAGUUGCUCAGAUAUCUGCAGGCUUCAUGAUUUCUUUUGCCAUAUUAGGGAAAUUUGGAGCACUUUUCGCCUCGAUUCCUAUGCCAGUAAUGGCAGCCUUGUAUUGUGUCUUCUUUGCAUAUGUUUCUUCAGCCGGUCUAGGUUUCCUUCAAUUUUGCAACUUGAAUAGUUUUAGAACAAAGUUUAUACUAGGAUUUUCCUUGUUCAUGGGACUAUCACUGCCUCAAUACUUCAAGGAACAUCAAAUCCUGUUUGGAUCAUAUCCCGUUCAUACACAUGCUAGAUGGUUUAAUGAUAUAAUAUCGGUUAUCUUCAUGUCACAUGCAACGGUGGCGAUUAUAAUUGCUGAGUUUCUGGACCGUACUCUGCCUAAUAAUGAUACUAAAGAUAACGGCUCGUAUUGGUGGCAAAAGUUUGUGGCCUAUGGAAGGGAUGUAAGAAGUGAUGAAUUCUACAAGUUGCCAUUCAAGCUCAAUAGGUUUUUCCCAUCUUAUUAGAACUGAGCUAGCUUUGAAUUUUGUUAACAUUACUAGAAAUAUAUAGCUAAUUUCUUAUACAUUCGAUAAUUUUUGUUUGUUUGGUAUUUUGAUCAUUCUCAUUCUUGAAACAAAAUAUUAACACAAACUAGUAGCCUUGGUGAAUGAACCCAAAUUAUGCUAACUUGAUGAUUACUUAGUCCAACCUAACUUGCUCCAAUCCUCCUAAUCCUCCUAUAGUCCAAUACUUGUGUCCCAAUUGCAAAUUCCCAAUGAAUGAUUGUUCAUUUGACCCCGCCCUUUUAAGUCGUUGAGAAGCUAAAUUCAAUUUACAUACAGCUAUUAUGGAAAUUUCAAUUUCCGAAUUUUAGAAAUUGAAAUGUCCAUGGAGAAUGCUAUUAAUUCAAAACUAC